AUGGUCCCGGACUCUGGCUUAGACUCGGACCAUAACCGGACUCUGGCUCUGGUCCUGGCUCUGGACCAGGCCCUGGAGGACGUGAAGACCACGAGGAACUAUGAACUUCAGCUGCAGCGUGUGGAGCAACAGUGUAAUGUGUCGCUGCUGCUGAAGUCUCUGUUCGAGCUGAAGUGGGCGGGGCUUGAUUCACAGCUGCUGCUGGGAGGGGCGUGUCCUACUGUGACAUCAUCACUCACACCUGCCCUGCCCCGCCUCCACAUGGUCCAGGUGUCGUUCUUGGCUCCGCCCCCUCCUCUCUCUUCCAGAAGGUGGUCAGGUCACAUGGUCAGCACGGUGCCCUCUGAUUGGUGGAUGAACCGAGCUGUGGUGAAGCUGCUGCAGACUCUGGACUGGAGCAGAGUGGGCGUGGUCUCCCAGAGCUCCUCCCCCCGGAUCUCCCAGUCGGUGUCAGACCUGCUGCUGCAGCUGCACCAGGCUCAGAUCCAGGUCCUGUCCUCUGUCAGGUUCUCAGUGAACAGCUGUGGAGAUCUGAGGCAGCUCAAGGAGCGAGACGUGAGGAUCGUCAUCGUUCAGUUGGAGACAGAGUCUGAACUGUUCUGCUGCGUCCACAGGCUGAGGCUUGGGUCUCAGGUGCAGUGGGUGGUCCUGGGAGACCUGAGUCUGGACUGGACCAGGUCUCAGUGCUCCACACAGACCCUGCUCUCUGCUGCAGAAGGAUCCAUCUCAGUCCGAGCCCAAGGACUGAGACCGGACCAGGGACCGGGAGUGUCUGGCCGGACUGCAGAGGAGUACGAGCGCCUGUACCUUCAGCGCCUCUCCUCUUCUGGCCUGAAGGUGGCGCCGCUGCACGGCUUUGUGUACGACGCCGUUUGGCUCACUGCUCUGGCUCUAGACCGAGUCCUGGACCGGGCGGAGACCCGGACUCACUCAGGACCAGACAUAGAACUGGACCCAGGACCAGACCCAGGUCUGGACUCAGAGGUGAUGGCAGAGCGGCUGCUGCAGGCAGUGAAAGCCACACGCUUCAACGGAGUCACGGGGGCAGUGUGGUUCAGAGGAGGAGAGAGAAUGGCGACUUUGGAACUGACGCAGUUACAAGGCAACAGCAGUGUUUCAGUCGGAGAGUUUAACACGAGUGAAGAUGAACUGAAGCUGAGUCUCCACCUCCUGCACUUUCCAGGAGGUGCUCCACCCAGUGACAAGACCCUGGUCCGGACAGUGAUACGUCAUGUGACUCUGGAGCUGUACGUCGUCAUGGCGACGGCCUCCAUCUUUGUGAUGCUGCUGAGUGUGCUCUGUCUCCGUCUCCGGUCUGGUCCUCGUGAGGUCCUGGUGUCCCUGGGUCUGGUCCUCUGCUGUGUCUCAGUCCUGGUCUCUGGUCUAGACCAAGUCUCAGUCUCGGAUCAGACUCAGACCGUCCUCUGCACUGUUCAGCUCUGGUCUCUGGUCCUUGGUCACUCUGUGGUCUUCUCUGGACUCUUCACUGAGGCUUGGAGUCUGUACUCCGCCACCUACAGGCUGCACAAGUCUCCUCUCCAGAUUCCUGGUCACUUCCUCUUCUGGUGCCUCCUGGUGGAUGUGUUUGUUUUAUCCUGCUGGAGCCUGAUGGAGCCUCUGAGGCGGGUGGAGACGCAGCAGCCGUCAGAAGGGGGCGCUGUGGUGUCUGGUGUCUGCAGCUGUUCUCACUCUGAGCUCUGGAUCACUGCUGUGUGUGGAUACAAGGGCCCCCUGCUGUCCGGACUCUCGGCUCUGGCUCUGUUCAGUGCUCUGGUGCUGGCGGCCUACACUUCCCAUGAUGCUUUGCUGCGCUUCAGUCUGAGCAGUGCAUUUGUGCUGAACGGUGCUUUGACAGUGCUUGCCGCCACCUACGGCCCCAAGUUCUUCUCAGAUGGGUCGGAAGCGGCUGAGGAUGAUGAGGAGGAGAAGAGGACGAACCGUGAGCUGAAAACCCGAUGUCUGAGGCUCGAGAUGGAGAUUGACCGCCUUCGGAGAGAGCUGUUCCACCUGGAGAGCAACUACGGGAGGCCCCACAGGAGCUCCCAAGAGAGGCCCCAAGAGAAGCCUCAGGAGAGACCUCAGGAAAGGCCCCAAGAGAGGCCCCAAAAAAGGGACGAAGACCCGGGACUGUUCCAUGUGGAGAGGGCCUUAUUUCCCAGUUUGAGUGGCCGCGUCCCGGCUAGUGGGCGUGUCCCGGCUAGUGGGCGUGUUCUGCCCAUCCUCCAUCACUCAUACUUACCUGCAGUGGGCGGAAAGAAGUCCUCUCUGUCCUCUGCUCUUCACGUCACAUUCUGCCUCUUCUGCGGUGUUUGGAGGUUACCCCGCGUCCCCCGCUGCCUCCCCCGCACACGGCACAGGAUGCUGUCGCUGCUGAGGCCGCUGUGCUCCACUCUGCUCUCAGUUCCCCACCAUGGCCCCUCCCUCUCCCUGGUCUCCCGCGUCACCAUGGCGACCUUGAACCAGAUGCAUCGUGCAGGAAAGCCCAAGGCCCCGCCCCCCUCGCUGGGCGCCACGUUCGGGCGGCCGCAGCUCAAAGCCGUGGUCUUGAAGACCAUCAUCCGUAAACCCAAGAAACCCAACUCUGCCAACCGCAAGUGUGCGCGUGUGCGUCUGUCCAACGGGAAAGAGGGCGUGGCCUUCAUCCCGGGGGAGGGGCACACGCUACAGGAGCACAAUGUAGUCCUGCUCCAGGGGGGGAAGACCCAGGACCUGCCGGGGGUCCGCCUCACUGUGGUUCGGGGCAAGUACGACUGCGGACAUGUGGUCAAGAAGAAGAACUGA